AUGUCAUGGGGUCAGUUAUCGGCCAAUGCAAUCCCUGCCAUCCACGCUAAGGAAUUGAUGAAAUUUCAAAUGAUGGCCCAUAUACCAGUAACCGGAGUUUUAGACAAUAAAACUUUACAAGCAAUGAAGUGGAAAAGAUGUGGAUUGCCAGACAACGGUAGGCAGAUAAAUGUCAUCCCUAAACGGAGCGCACUACGAAGAGUUAAAAGGUAUUCAUUGGAAGGUAGCAAAUGGGGUGUCAGCGAAAUUAGAUACAAGAUCAGCAAAUAUGCCAAGCAUUUUGCUAAGGCAAAGAUUGACCGAGAAAUUAGAAAAUCUUUCAAUGUUUGGGCUAAAUAUUGCAAUCUGACUUUCAAGCAAAUGAAGAUCUACGAUACUAAACAUGUUCAUAUAAAUAUCCGAUGGGUAAGUGGUGACCAUGGAGAUGGCAUACCAUUGGAUGGGCCAGGAUUAGUAGUAGCUCAUGCAUUCUUCCCUGACGAAGGUGGGGCUGUUCAUUUUGAUGAUGCUGAAGUCUGGACAGAUAAAUUCUUUAUCGCUGAUAGCACUAAUAUUAUUGGAGUGGCUACUCAUGAAAUAGGGCACGCUUUAGGGCUUCUCCAUUCACAAAACAAGAAAUCAAUAAUGACGCCCUUUUACAGGGAAUUAGAUAGACAAGUUGAAUUAGAUCAAGACGAUAUCGCGGCCGUACAGACUUUAUACGGAAAAAGUGCAUUUGCCCUAAAAGAAGCUAUCUUACUCAAAUCAAAAAGAAAAUAUUUUGAUAAACAGAUGUAUCUCAAGAAAUUGGUGUGCAAAUCUAAAAAGCUAAACGGAAUUACUAUGUUAGCUAACGAAAGUCUGUACGCAUUUAUAGGUACUUAUUAUUUGGAAAUAACAGCUGAUGGAAUAUCCGAUAUACGUUUCAUCAACCAAACUUGGAAGGAAGUACCUUCGAAUAUUGACACCAAUAAUCAAUAUUGGAGGUACAGUAACGAUACAUUAGAAUUAGACCAGGGUUAUCCUAGACUCAUAUCUGACGGAUUCAAAGGCGUACCCGACAAUGUGCAAGCAGUGUUUCAAUGGGAUCACAGCGGAGGUGUGUACUUUGUUUCGGGUUCAGAAUAUUACAGAUACUCGUGCUUGAUGAAUAAGAGAGUUGAUCCGCACUACCCAAAAAAAUUGGCUGUGUGGAAAGGUCUCCCCGAGAGAAUUGACUCAGCUUUCAAAUGGAAAAAUAACAAGACUUACUUUUUCAGUGGCGAAAAAUAUUACCGUUUCAAUGAUAACCAAUUUAAAGAAUAUCUAGAAAAAUUUCUCUACAUAAAACCGAGGGUAGGUAGUUUAUCGGCCAACUCAAUUCCUGCUAUUCAUGCUAAAGAACUGGUCAAAUUUCAAAAGAUGGCCAAUAUACCCUUAACAGGGCUUUUAGACAAUAAGACUUUUCAAGCUAUGACUUGGAAAAGAUGUGGAUUACCAGAUACCGGUAAGCAAUUGAAUGCGACACUUAAAUCAACAAGUGCGCCAAGAAGAGUUAAAAGGUAUUCAUUUCAAGGCAGUCAAUGGGGAGUCAGUGAAAUUAGAUACAGGAUUAGCAAAUAUACUCAACGUUUUGCAAAGGAUAAAAUUGACAACGAAAUCAAAAAAGCUUUCGAUCUUUGGGCUAAAUAUUCCAAUCUGACAUUCAAACAAAUGAUCGAUGAAACCAAACAUAUUCACAUAGACAUCCGAUGGGAAAAGGGUGACCAUGGAGACGGUACACCUAUGGGUGGACCAGCGUUAGUAGUAGCCCAUGCAUUUUACCCUGAUGAGGGCGGUGAAGUUCAUUUUAAUGAUGCUGAGGUUUGGACAGAUAAAUUUCUCGUUCCAGGAAGCAUCAAUAUAAUGCAAGUUGCUACUCAUGAAAUAGGUCAUGCCUUAGGGUUACUCCAUUCGCAAAAGAGGGAAUCAAUAAUGACUCCAUUUUACAGGGAAUGGGAUAGGGAAGUUGAAUUAGAUGAAGACGAUAUUACAGCUAUACAGUAUAUGUACGGAAAAAGUGAAUUUGCCAAAAAAGAGACCAUUUUGUUAAAAUCUAUAGAAGGGAAAGAGAAACAGGUAUAUCUCAAGAAAAGGGUGUGCCAAUCUGAAAAGUUAGACGGGGUUAUAAUGUUAACUAACGAAAGUGUAUACGCAUUUAUUGGUGCAUAUUAUUGGGAAAUUACCGCUAAUGGAAUGUCAGAUUUACGAGUCACCAAGCAAACCUGGAAGGAAGUUCCUUCUAAAAUUGAUGCCGUGUUCUUCUGGCCUCAAAAGAAUAGAUUAUUCUUUUUUAGAAAUGAUCAAUACUGGAGAUACAGUAACGAUUCAUUAAAAUUAGACCUGGAUUAUCCAAGACCCAUAAGUGACGGAUUUAAGGGCGUACCUGAAAAUAUACAAGCGGCGUUUCAAUGGGAUGACAGCAGCGGCGUAUACUUUGUUAGGGGCGCGAAUUAUUAUAGAUAUUCAGGCAUAGCCGAUAGGAAAGUAGACCCGGGUUACCCCAAGAAACUGUCACUAUGGAAAGGUUUGCCUGAGAUAAUCGAUUCGGCUUUCAAGUGGAAAAAUGAUAGAACUUACUUUUUUAGCGGCAAAAAAUAUUACCGUUUCAACGAUCACCAAUUUGAUGUGGAUAAAAAUUUUCCUCGCGAUUGGCGCAAAUGGUGGCUAGGCUGUAGCAAUGUCAAUGAAACAAAAUUUUGA